AAUCCAAGCAAAACCUCAGGCUUCGCAACGGCGGCGGGACGGCAACCGAUGAGAAUCCAUUGUUUCCGGCGAGGGCUACUCGCCUUCGGUUCCUACCACCACGAUGUCGCUCUCCGGCGCUUCACUACGAGCUACAGCGGCCGGAUAGUUCGAGCGGACCCUGCCGGCCUCUCCCUCGCUGUCGAGGUCGACCCGCCGGACCUCGUCAUCGACGUCCGCGGCUACGACCUUCCUCGCCGUGACCUCAUUUGCCGAGCUUCCAAGAUCCUCCUCUCCUCAUCCCACUACUCCGACCCCAUGCUUGAACUCUCUGACUACCUCCAAACCCUUAACGUAACUCUUUCCACCCUUGAGGUCUCCGAGAUCCUCAAGUCCCUCCGUUCCCCUUCCAAGGCCCUAGAGUUCUUCCGCUUCGUCGCCUCUCUCCCCGGGUACCGCCACGACUGCUUUACCUACAACCGGAUCCUCUCCAUCCUAUCCAAGUCCAGCGAGGAUGUGGAUCUCGUGCGCAAGAUCGUUGAUGAGAUGGAAAGGGAUGGGGUUCGGGGAAGCAUCUCGACGGUGAAUAUAUUGAUUGGCAUGGUCGGAGCUGCGGAGAUUGAGAGGUGCUUCGAGCUUGCAAAGAAGUGGGAUCUCAGGUUCAAUGGGUACACUUACAAGUGCUUGUUGCAGGCUUAUUUGCGGUACCGUGAUGUUGAGGGGGCAGCGAAACUUUACUGGGUGAUGAGGAGGAAGGGAUACAAGUUGGAUAUUUUUGCUUACAAUAUGCUUCUUGAUGCUCUCGCAAAAGCUGAAAAGAUCAAUGAAGCCUAUACAGUUUUCAGAGAUAUGAAGCGCAAGCAUUGUGAGCCCGAUGUCUAUACAUACACAAUUCUUGUCAGGAUGUCAGGAAAGUUGGGGAAAAUAAAUGAGUUCCUUUCAUAUUUUGAAGAAAUGUUGACCAAGGGAUGCGGCCUUAAUUUGAUUGCUUAUAAUACUAUUAUCCAAGCACUGGCAAAGAACCAGAUGGUGGAUAAAGCAAUGUUGGUAUUCCAUAAAAUGAUUGAUGCUGGUUGCCGGCCAAAUGAGUUCACAUACAGUGUUAUUUUAAAUGCUUUAGCUGCAGGAGGUCAAUUGAAUAGGUUAUCUGAGGUUGUGGAGAUAUCUAAUAGAUAUAUGAAUAAGUCAAUCUAUGCAUAUUUAGUGAAGACAUUGAGUAAAUUAGGCCAUGCUAGUGAAGCCCAUAGUUUAUUUUGUCGUAUGUGGAACAUUUAUGAUGUAGGAGAUAGAGAUGCUUACAUAUCUAUGCUUGAGAUUCUGUGUGAUGCUGGAAAGACAUCAGAGGCAAUGGAUUUGCUUUAUAAAAUUCAUGAAAGAGGGAUUGCUACAGAUAAUGUCAUGUAUAGUAAGGUAUUUACUGCUCUAGGAAAGUUGAAACAAAUAGCACAUAUUCAUGCUCUUUAUGAGCAUAUGAAGCACAAUGGUCCACCUGCUAACAUAUUUACAUACAACAUUCUUAUUUCAAGUUUUGGUAGAUCUGGUCUAACCGAUAAAGCACUUGAGCUCUUUGAAGACAUGGAGUGUUGUGAAUGUAAACCUGAUGUGAUUACAUACAAUUCUUUGAUAAAUUGUCUUGGAAAGAGUGGUGAGCUUGAUGAAGCUCACCUUCGUUUUAAGGAGAUGCAAGAAAAGGGAAUGAAUCCUGAUGUUGUCACAUAUAGUACUCUCAUAGAAUGCUUUGGGAAAGCAAAUAAAGUGGAUAUGGCUUGCAAAUUGUUUGAUGAUAUGCUUGCUGCAGGAUGCUACCCCAACAUUGUGACAUACAACAUUUUACUUGAUUGUCUUGAGAAGUGUGGUAGAACUGCAGAAGCACUCAAACUAUAUGAUACUCUGAAACAACAAGGUCUGACUCCAGAUUCGAUAACUUAUGCUGUUCUAGAACGGCUAAAAAGUGGGUCCCAUGGAACAGUAAGAGUCCGCAAGCCGAGUCGUAUUGCUUCUUGGGUUGUUAGCCCCUUAAGGUGAUGGCUACAUCAUAUGGGUAUAAGUGGGCCACCAU